AUGGCUGUAACCCUUGACAAAGACUGGGGAGGGGCUCCCGGAGGAGAUGAUGAACCCAGGAGCUGGAAGCCAGCAAAACUGUCUUCCAGUUGUCCUGGAGCCCCAGGAAGUCGUGGAGAGAAAAGGGCUCCAGGCCCUUCGGGGAAACAUGGACCACCUGGCAAUGGGCCUCGGGGUGAGCCUGGCCCCAGAAGCUGUCAGGAGCUGCUGAGCCGGCCUGCCACGUUGAGUGGUUGGUGCUCUCUGACAAUGGAGGGCAGAGCCCCCCCAGCUUUUUGUGACCAAGAGCCCAAAGAGGGCCGCUGGCUGGUGAGUGGGAGGCGCCUGGGUGGCUCAGUGGAAUGGUUCUGCUCUUGGUCCUCCUACAAAGCAGGUUUUGGGAGCCAGGAGUCUGAAUUCUGGCUGGGGAAUGAGAAUUUGCACCAGUUCACUCUGCAGGGGACCUGGGAGCCACAGAGGGAGCUGGAGAACUUUAUUGGCAACCACACUUUUGCCCACAAUGAGGCCUCCUGCCUCCCUGGGGAGUCGGAUCGCUCCCAGCUGGUGGGGGCAAGUUCUCAGAGGGCACAGCAGGCACAUGAGCCUAAGUCCAGUUUCUCGGAGGCCACCGCUCCCAAGUAUGGCACCGACUGGGCCUCAGGCCAGGGCGUGGGCCACCCUUCCCGCAAGGUUCACAUGAUGCUCACCAGGAUAACCUGGCAGCAGGUCCCCUUAUAUCUCCCAUCCCCUUAUCUCUCCUAUGCCUUCAUUCUACAGAUCCCCGCUGGGCAGUUCCUGCAGUUCCUGCAGUUCCCAACUCCCCCCUAG